AUGAGACAGACCCGCUUUGUCUACUAUGCCCCUGAAAGUCAGGAUCAUAUUUUCUUCGAAUGUGGUUACUCUUGGUCCGUCUCGAGUCAUAUCUCUCUCAGGACGGAAAUUGAUCCUCAGCGCUCUUGGGUUAGUUCCAUCUCAACAGAAGACAGUUGGCUCUUUUUAGUUGGCAAGCUGUUCUCUAUUUCAUCUGGAUGGAGUGAAACAAUCGCCUUCACUGGCAGAUCUAUCGUAUUGAGCAACAAUUGUGAAAAUGGUUGA